AUUUUGGAUUGCCUCAGCCAUCAGCCCUCAGCCCUCACGCACGGCUACUGCAUUGCGCACAGGAAGCCAUUACCACCCGACCACCAAACCACAGCACCACAGCACCGCCAGACCACCAGACCACGGCACGACGGCACCACCAGACCACCAAAUCACCAGAUCUUUCUUCUUCACCAAAUCUUUCUUCUCUUCUUCAAUUUCUUUUUCCCCUUUCACUUCAGCAAAUUUAGAUUGGGACUUGGAGUGUUGACUGUUGAGUGGGUUUCCUCAACAGCUUUUUCCAUUUUCACUGAAGCAGAGAUGGAAUCUAACAAUAUCAAUGUUUCUUUUGAAUCAAAUGUUCAUUUUCUGGAGGAAUCUGAUGAUUGUCUACAGAUUGAGCAAUUGGGAGCAACAGAUGAAAAGAAACCAUGCCAAUCCAAAAAUCGAAAGUUAACUUCAAAGCUUUGGACAUUCUUUGAACGUUUGCUAGAAAAGAACUCAAGUGAUGGAAAAUCAAAAGUCAAGUGCAAGCUCUGUGGGUAUAUUUUGAAUUAUGAAAGCAAGUAUGGGACAGGUAAUUUGAAACGUCAUAAUGAUAAUUGUGUUAGGAAAGACACACGUGAUAUAGGUCAAAUGAUAUUUUCUAAAGAACAUAAUUCAAUGCUAAUGAGGUCUUCAAAGUUUGAUCUUGAAAAGUUUCGUGAAUUAGUGGUAGCUGCAAUUGUGAUGCAUAAUUUACCUUUAUCAUUUGUGGAGUAUAUUGGCACUAAGUCUAUGUUGUCUUAUUUGCGUGAAGAUGUUGUUCUGAUCUCUAGGAACACUGUUAAAGCUGAUAUAAUUAAGAUGCAUAAAAGAGAAAAAUGUAAGAUACAAUCCUUGCUUCAAGAAUCACCUGGGAGGAUUUGUUUGACUUUUGAUUUGUGGACUUCUGUUGUUACUGAUGGAUAUAUGUGUCUUACUGCUCAUUUUGUUAACAAAAAUUGGGUUCUAUAGAAAAGAAUCUUGAAUUUUUCCUUUAUGCCACCUCCACACAGUGGUGUUACUUUGAGUGAAAAGAUUUAUGCAUUGUUAGUUGAAUGGGGAAUUGAAAGUAAAUUGUUUUCAAUAACAUUGGAUAAUGCUUCUGCAAAUGAUACUUUUGUUGAUUUGUUGAAAGUGCAAUUGAAUAUGAGAAAGCAACUUUUAGGAGGAGGCAAGUUUUUUCAUAUAAGAUGUUGUGCUCAUAUACUUAAUUUGAUUGUGCAAGAUGGUUUGAAAGAAGUUGAUAGUGCGAUCCAAAAAGUAAGGGAAAGUAUUAAGUAUGUGAAAGGUUCUCAAGGGAGAAAACAAAAGUUUUUAGAGUGUGUGAGCCUAGUGAAUUUGAAUGCAAAAAGAAGCUUAAAACAAGAUGUGCCAACUUGGUGGAACUCUACAUUUCCCAUGCUUGAGAGUGCACUUUAUUUUCGCUUGGCCUUUUCUUAUUUGGAAAUUAGUGAUUCAAAUUUCAAGCAUUCUCCAUCUAGAAAUAAGUGGGAUAGAAUUGAGAAACUUAGCAAGUUCUUAAGUGUAUUUUAUGAGAUUACUUGUGUAUUUUCUGAAACAAAGUAUCCCACAACCGACUUGUACUUUCCUUCGAUAUUCAUGGCACGCAUGACCUUGGAAGAACAUAUGAGUGGAGAUGAUGUGUAUUUGAAAAAUAUGGCUACUCAAAUGUUUUUUAAGUUUGAGAAGUAUUGGUCUGAAAUUAGUUUGAUUUUAGCUAUAGCUGUGAUAUUUGAUUAUCGGUACAAGAUUCAAUUUGUGGAAUGGAGUUACGCAAAGUUUUAUGGGAGUGAUUCAGCUGAAUUUAAAAAGGUUCAAGAUCAUUUAUUUUCUCUUUAUGAUGAAUAUGCUGUCAAGGUUUCUAAUACUCUAUUUGCUUUAAAUGACAUACCUUUUGAUGAGAAAAAUGUGCACAAGGGAAAAAACGAGUUCUUGAAGGAGUUUGAUAAUUUUCAACGUGAGUUUGGGACUGCGAAGAACAAAUCUCAAUUGGAGCAAUAUUUGGAUGAACAAACGGUUGAAACGACAAUUGAAUUGGAUAUUUUACAAUUUUGGAAGACAAAUCAGUUUCGUCAUCUUGAGGUUUCUGCAAUGACUCGAGAUAUAUUGGCCAUUCCUGUAUCGACAGUGGCUUCCGAGUUUGCUUUUAGUGUUGGCGGUAAAGUUCUUGAUCAAUAUUGAAGCUCACUUAAACCAUAUGUUGUGGAGGCAAUUUGUAAGGAUUGGCUAUUUGGGGAAACUGCAUAUGUAGAAACAGAUAUGAACAGUCUUACCAUGGAUGUCAUAAAUUUAGAAAUUAGUAAGGAAGAAAUGUCAUCAGUCGAAUGCUCUACUACUGUUGAUGUCGAUUAAUCAUCAAUGAAAAGGUUUUGUGACACCCAAAUGAUGUGACAUUGGAGAACGAAUUUUCGAUUUUGAUUUGUUCAUGGUUGAUGAUGUGGUUAAUGAUGUGUUUUUAAUUAUGAUUGAAAAUUAUGAAUGAUUUUUAAUAUUAUUAGUGUUUUAAGGUUUGAUGUUAAAUUGUUAAUGAUGUAUUUUAUUAUAUUAUAUGAUAAUAAAUUUUAUGUAUGUUAUUUAUAUUAAUUUUUAUU